UUGCAUCACAAUUCGAUUGUCCUUCAACAGUAAAUUCUAAUGAAGAACCGCAAACUUAUAUUAUUCAGCUUUCCUCAAAGGCUGCAACAGAUAAACACUAUGAAAUGAUACAAUCUUGUUAUGACAAACAUGUUGGCGAUGCUUCUAUUCAAUCAGAUGAUCCUAACUACAUUAAAGACAUCAGUAUUGGAUCAUUUAUUUGUUAUAUCGGGCAGUUUAGACCUAGCGACGCUGCUGCAUUAGCCAGUUUACCUGAAGUUGCUAAUGUCGAACCCGAUUUAACAUAUAGUGUUUCUUACCAUAUUCCAAUUCGUGGUCAUAAUGAUCAAAAUCAUAAGUGUACUUCCACCAAUACUCCUAUUGAAACCACCAAAUCACCUAUCGAAACUCCUAUUGAAACCAUUAAAACUCAUAAGUGUACUUCUACCAAAGCUCCCACAGUAAUUCCUACUACUACUGUAGAAAAAACUACAGUAAUUCGUACUACUACUAAAACAACAACUACAGCAAUUC